UGUAUAAUAUGAGAAACAGAAGUUAAUGCCUAGUGUCUUUAUCGAUAACACGUCCUUUCAUCCUUUGUCCAUGCUCACUAGGUUGUAUCAUAUAAAAGCGAGGAGAGUCAGAAGUCAAAGUGGCAGAACUAAGCCUACAGAUCCCCGCAUGGUCUCUAGAAGCUUUUCGCUUUGUCCGUCUGAUGGAUUCACGAAUAUACCACGCUAUACAUUCCUUUCUAUUCCACCGUGCUUAUCGCACAAAGUCACGUCGACAUGGACAGUCGAAUGCGCGACCAACCCCACUACUACCACCCGCAGAUCAGGCUCAUAACCAUAUUCGAAGGCAUAGAUUACGAAAACGCGUCCAUUGGGGUGCGGUGGUGCAACUCCCUGACCGUCCCAGGAAGGGGUACUAUCCAACCGAUUUCGACGAUAGAGCAUCACACCGCAAAUCCAUUCUCAAGCCCCAGACAUCAUUGGACCGAUCGAUGUACUACAAAAAUUUAUGGGCAAUGAUCGAGCUGGCUGAUCAGCGGUUGGAAUAUCCCCACGAUUGUAUGAGGGCGGCUGAUGACGAGGCUGGCUUGGAAUGGAUCAUAAAGGUCGACGACGAGUUCAUGGGUCGAGAGGCAAAUCGAAGGGCAAGAGUAUCUGCAGAUAAGACCUGGAGGUGAAGAUACAAGACCCUGUAGAAUCACCCCGUGGUAGAUGAGAUUAGCCUCUAAAUGAUAGGC